AUGGCGAAGCGCAUCCUCCUGCUGUGCUUUAUCCACGGUUUCAAGGGUGACGAUGACACCUUCCGCAACUUCCCAAAGCACCUCAAAGAUACCGUCACAAGCAACCUUCUCGACCACCAUGUGGCGUCCGUCGUCUAUCCAAAGUACGAGACCAAGGGAGAGCUGGCCCAAACCACCGAAGCUUUUCUAGAAUGGCUCAAGGAGCGGGUGAUGGAACUUCGAAAGGAACACCUACAAGCACCAUGGCCUCCCACCGACCGGAAUGUCGGCGUGAUCCUCGUCGCUCAUUCAAUGGGCGGCUUUGUAGCAAGUGACACCCUCUUCCGUAUCCUAGACGAACGCCGCCGCAACGCCGAAUCCGAGAACCCUACCGGUCCCAUCUUCCCUAUGAUCCAAGGCAUCCUCGCCUUCGACACUCCCUACAAUGGUCUCGCUCGCUCCAUGUUUGUCUACGGCGCCUUCUCCAACUACCAAAAGGUCUCGAAUGUCUUCAACGUCAUGACAGCCCUCUCUGCCGCCGCCCCAGCUACACUUGCCAGUCUUGCCUCGAAACGCACAGCUAUGGCCGCUACCAAGGCCGUUUCCCGCAGCAUAUCGGUCCCCCGGCGAUCCCACCCCGCGCUCAAGGCAUGGCAGCUGAUUGCCGUCCGUACUGGCACGGUGGGUGUCAUUGCCGCGGGUGGUGUGGCGGCCUUCAUGCACAGGAAAGAGAUCCUCGAGGGCAUGCGCACAGUCAAGAACCUGAAGAAGGAGGACGUGAUCCAGGGAUAUCAGCAAAGCGUCGAUGCGCUCGGUCAGGGGCUGGCAUACAUCAACCGCGGCAACGUCGGACAGUCCUUCGCAUGGCUGUCUGAUCACUUUACCUUUGUCGGCGCUCUACUGAAGCAAAACGAGCUGAACCGACGACUGGAAAGAUUAGCCGCUGUGCAGGGAGUUGGCAUCAAGGACAUAUAUGCGUCACUCGGAGAGAACGGGUACUGGAGUGGCGGUUACUUCGUGCCCGAGAGGACGUUCUGUGCCAUACCCAGUGAGGGACAGCCGUGCAACGGGCUCUUCAACAGGCAUGUCGUUGCCGAGGCCAAGGACGAGAUCGAAGCACAUGUCAACCUUUUCAAGCCGGAGAAGAACAAGGGCUACGAAAGAAUGACCAACGAAGCUGCCCAACUGGUUAUCACCUGGUUCAAGGACGAGACUGACAUCUGGGAUGAUCCCAAGUUCGCCGAGCCGGCCGAGCCAGAGACUGCCGAGACGGAGGAGAUUGCCAAAGCGAUCGAUGAAGCAGACCAAGAGGCGAAGACUGCGGAGGAGAAGGCCAAAGAGGCCGAGAAGAAAGUGGGCAAAGAGGUCGAGGAAGACGACUCAGACAGCGAUGGCAUCCCGGACGAGUCACCCAUCGACAUUGCCGCUGCUGCUUCGCUUGUGCCCCUCCCUGACGACCCUGAACACGGCAACGAUGACGACGAUACUGCAGACCCCGAUAAGAAGAAGGCCAUCAACGAACAGAAGCGGGCCUACAUGCGACACUUGUUUGGCGUCGCUCAACAGACAGGUACCAAUAUCCGGUCAUAUCUACCAGCGAAGCUGCCUGAGAUGCCAGAGUGGGAGAUACCCAAGGUUUCCAUGCCCAGCGUUAGUAUGCCGAGCAUGCCUGGCAUACCAAACAUACCGAGCAUUGGCAAGUACAGUCUCUGGGGUUCCAAGAUGUCAGAGACGUCCCAGUCGUCGGAGACAAAGGCCAAGCCGGACACUAGCACCGACAAGACUGAGACCGCGGAUGCGAAGUCGGAGAAAGAGAAACCAGAUGCCGAUACUGCGAAUGAUAAGAUCUCUGGGGGAGAUAAGAUCUCUAUACCCAAGGCGGAGACGGCCGAUGCUUCUGGGAACGCUUGA